GAGACGACGCUCGUGUGUGAGAGGCCAUCCAAAUAAAAAAGAAAAAGUACAGCGGCAAGAGAAGAGCCCAACCAGUGAGAUCUCCUCGCUGCCCUGCCCUAAUCCCCCAAAUCCUCUUCCACCCGGCGGAAGGCGAGCGACCCGAUUCCGAUUCGAUUCGGCUCGCACCGCAGAUGGCGGUAAAGUCGGGCUAGCGGGAGCGAAGCGUGGGGAGGAGGAGCCGCCGCCGUCACCUUCUCGCGAUGGCGUGGCGGACGGGCGGCUGCGCCGGCCGCUGCCUUCUGCCGCUGGUGCUCCUGGCAGCUUCCUUACUUGAUUGGAGCUUAAUUUCUCUGGUCAAUAUGAUAUUUUUCUUUGCAAUUCGGUUUGUAGCUCCAAGGAGAGGGUUUCGCGCUUGGAGGCUGUACCUACUAUUUUGGUGUACAAUUGUUUACUCAGUACUUGCUAGUUUAGCACAAGUUACAUUUCAUCUAAUCUGGUGCAUUGAGGGAGAGGGAUGGGUUGUGGCCCAUUCCUGGUGGGCAAAGUUGGUUGGUUUUGCGAGGAGCCAGCCUGGGGAAUCGCCAUCUGUUAUCUAUUUUCUAGUUGUACAACUAUCUGCUGCUGUCCUUGCUUUGGUUGAAGUCUUUGGAAGCAGGCUUUAUCAAGAUUCUUGUUGUCUCAAUUUCUCCUUUGGGAUUGAGCAAAUAGGUUAUCAUCUGCGGGUUGCAUGCUGUUUCUUACUGCCUGCUGUUCAAUUAGUUGUUAGUAUUAGUCAUCCUUCUUGGAUUUCUCUACCAUUCUUUGUAUUUAGCUGCAUUGGUGUUGUGGAUUGGUCAUUAACUAGCAACUUCCUUGGUCUUUUCCGAUGGUGGAGAUUACUUGAGAUAUAUUCGGUUUUCAUCAUUCUUCUGCUUUAUGUCUACCAACUACCUGUGAAGUUUCCAUAUGUCGUUCUAGCAUUUGCUGACUUCAUUGGCCUAUUCAAAAUUUCGUCGAACUCAGAAUGGCCUGAGGUGUCUUCUGGUAUUUCUCUUCUUUUUUAUUACUUCAUGUUGUCAUCAGCCAAACAAGACAUACAGGAUAUGGAUUCUCUUAUGUCUCUAGAAAAUGACAGCUUAGCGGAGGAGCUUCUUCCUUCCAGAAAUGUUUUUUUGGUUCGCCAAUCUCGAUCAGGCAGAAGGCAUGCCAAUGUAUUGCUGAGAGGAUCAGUUUUCAGGACUUUCAGUAUUAACUUCUUCACUUAUGGCUUCCCGAUUAAAAGAAAAUCACUUCACCAAACACCAAAAUGUGUAAAAGCUGUUGGAUCAAAUGUGAUUAUCAGAAUCCACUGCAGUGCCAAACAUAGGUGGUGUUUGAAUCUCCUGAAGAUGAAGAUGAAGAUAAAGAUUAAGUGUUUCACGCAAAACAAGGUUUUGCUGCUUGCGCUUUCCCUUUGGAGCUUCAAUUUUACUAGCAUCUGUGCUUUUGGUCUUCUAGCUUAUGUUGGAUACAUUUUAUAUGCUUUUCCUUCGUUAUUUGAAAUGCAUCGGUUGAAUGGGUCACUCCUAGUUUUCAUUCUUCUAUGGGCAGCCAGCACAUAUAUCUUCAAUGUGGCAUUUACAUUCUUCAAUAAAAGAUUUCAAAAGGAUAUGAUGAUUUGGGAAACCAUUGGGCUUUGGCACUAUUCUAUUCCUGGAUUAUUUCUUCUUGCUCAGUUCUGCCUUGGCGUCUUUGUAGCACUGUGUAAUCUUGUAAACAAUUCUGUUUUUGUUUACACAACUACUGAGGGGGGAGCGUCAUCGAGUGAUGACCACCUCAUUGAUGAGAAGGAAGAUACAAUGGUUUUGAUUGUAGCAACUCUAGCAUGGGGUCUACGCAAGCUUUCACGUGCAAUCACUUUGAUGCUACUGUUUCUUCUUGUGGUGAAACCUGGCUUUAUUCAUGCUGUUUACAUGUGUUUUUUUCUGGUGUUUCUGUUGAAUCAUUCAAUCAAAAAGGGACUGCGCCAGAUCUUAGUGCUAUUCUGUGAGGCGCAUUUUUCAAUACUGUACAUUCUUCAGCUUGAUUUAGUUUCCAGUGCUUUGGAGCGUAGUGGUUCCCUAACAAUGGAGGUACUCUCACAGUUAGGUCUUUCAAAUAAAUCUACAACAAAGGAUUUCAUGAAAAUUGGUUCAAUUGUGUGCUUUUGUGCUGUCCAUAGUCAUGGUUUUAAAAUGCUUUUUGCACUCUCCGCGGUUCUUCGGCAUACACCUUCUACUCCUGUUGGGUUCACUAUCUUAAAGGCUGGUCUGAACAAGUCAGUUCUGCUGUCAGUGUAUAACUCGCAAAAUUCGCGAAAUGGUCAAGCUGAUCGAAGUACACAUGAGAAAAAGAUAGCAUCAUAUCUCAGUAAAAUUGGCCAAAAGUUUCUUUGGGUGUAUCGCUCGUAUGGAACCUAUGUGGCUUUCCUCACAAUUCUUUUGACUCUCUACUUGGUGACUCCUAAUUAUAUAUCCUUUGGUUACCUUUUUUUCCUUCUGGUUUGGAUAAUUGGAAGGCAACUUGUCGAGAAGACAAAGAGACGGCUUUGGUUUCCACUAAAAGUAUAUGCCACUUUGGUUUUCAUCUUUACAUACUGCCUUAGUGUGUCACCCCUUUUUGCAGGGUUAGUCUCAAAAUUUGUUAAACUAUAUCCUGAUCUGGGAUUUGAUCCCGAGGCCUCGCUGUUGAUGAAUGUUUGGCAAUCAUUGGCUGUUCUAGUAGUAAUGCAACUUUAUAGCUAUGAAAGACGGCAGAAUAGUGACAAGAACUUUGGUGUAUCUGAUGCUUCUGAAUCUGGGCUUCUGGGGUUCCUAAGGAGAUUGUUAAUUUGGCAUAGUGAGAAGAUAUUAUCAGUUACUGUGUUCUAUGCUUGCCUAUCAUCAAUCAGUUUAUCUGGCCUAAUUUAUCUUUUAGGUCUCAUUAUGUUUUCCAUUUUACCUAAAGUUUCUCGAAUUCCUUCCAAGGUUUACCUUGUUUACACUGGUUUACUUGCUACAUCAGAAUACCUAUUUCAAAUGUUAUGUGAACCUGCUCAAAUGUGUCCUGGUCAGCAGUUCCAUGGCUUGUCUGUCUUUCUUGGUUUGAAGCAUUAUGAUGCUGGAUUUUGGGGUGUCGAAUAUGGUCUUCGAGGAAAAGUUUUGGUAAUCGUGGCUUGCACCAUUCAGUAUAAUGUUUUCCAUUGGUUGGAUUUGAUGCCAACAUCUCUUUUACAUGAGGGCAAAUGGGAAGAACCUUGCCAGCUCUUUAUCUCUGGUGAUACAUCUUCUAACGCUAGGGACAAUAACAAGGAUAGUCAUUCAUCAAAUAGGUUUAGUUCAUUGUUUUCAAAAGUUCAAGGUCUGAUUGGUAGCAGCUCAAGUUCAUCUCUGAGUUCAGGGAGCACUUGUCAGACAUCAGAACCUGUCCAGAAUGAGACAAGCGGCUCAGAUGAGGGCAAAAGAUACUCAUUUUCAAAGAUUUGGGGAAUGUCAAAAGAAAGCCACAAGUGGGAUAAGAGAAAGAUUAUUUCCUUGAGAAGAGAAAGAUUUGAAACUCAGAAGACAACCUUUAAAUGCUACAUGAAAUUCUGGAUGGAAAAUCUCUUUAAAUUGCGAGGUCUUGAAAUUAACAUGAUCGUGUUACUAUUGGCCAGCUUUACAUUGUUGAAUGUUAUAUCAAUUUUUUACAUCACAUGCCUCGUUGUAUGUAUUCUUAUGAACAGAGAUCUUAUCCAGAAACUGUGGCCUCUUUUUGUUGUUCUCUUUGCUUCGGUCCUACUACUCGAGUACUUUGCUCUUUGGAAGGAAGGAAUGCCCUGGUUACACAGUAUCAAUGACAUUGAAGUUCAUUGUCGCGAAUGCUGGAAAAAUUCAAGGAUUUUCUUUGCAUAUUGCUCAAAAUGUUGGCUGGGGUUAAUAGCUGACGAUCCUCGAAUGCUCAUUAGCUACUAUAUUGUCUUCAUUUUUUCCUCUUUUAAGUUACGGUCCGAUCGUUUCUCUGGUUUCUCAGACUCAGAUACUUAUCAUCAGAUGAUGUCACAAAGGAAAAAUGCAUUAGUUUGGAGGGACCUCUCAUUGGAAACAAAAAGUUUCUGGACUUUUCUUGAUUAUAUACGGCUUUAUGCUUAUUGCCAUUUAUUGGACAUAGUUUUAGCAUUAAUUGCUAUUACUGGUACGCUGGAGUAUGAUGUGCUGCACCUUGGUUAUCUUGGAUUUGCUUUGGUUUUCUUCAGAAUGAGGCUUGAAAUAUUGAAGAGAAAAAAUAAAAUAUUCAAGUAUCUGCGGAUGUAUAAUUUUGCGCUUAUUGUUUUAUCACUUGCUUAUCAAUCUCCUUAUUUUGGGCAAUUUAGCUCUGGCAAGUGUGACCAAAUUGACUAUAUUUAUGAAAUUAUUGGAUUUUACAAGUAUGAUUAUGGUUUUAAGAUAACAUCACGAUCAGCUUUUGUUGAGAUAGUGAUCUUCUUAUUGGUGUCAAUUCAAUCAUACAUCUUUAGUUCUGGUGAAUUUGAUUAUGUAUCAAGAUACCUUGAGGCUGAACAAAUUGGUGCGAUGGUCCAUGAGCAGGAGAAAAAAGCUUUGAAGAAAACUGAACAGCUCCAACAUCUUCGAAGGUCCGAGGAGCAAAAACGUGAGCGGAACAUGCAAGUGGAAAGGAUGAAAUCUGAGAUGUACAAUUUACAAAGUCAGCUUAAUCGAAUGAAUUCCUUCACCCCAAUCAACAAUGCAUCUCACAGUGAAGGCUUACGUCACAGGAGGAAUACUAAGUUGUAUACUGAUAUUGACACCCCGUUGCAAGAUAGUGGGAUUGGAUCACCAAGAAAGGAGGAUAAGACUGGUAGCACAGACUCAUCCCAAUCCUUUGAAUUUUCUGUAGAAGAUGCACAGAAGAGCUUGACAGAUUUAAUGUUCCGGACUCCAUGUGAUACUCCUAGGUCACCAAUCAGGGGGACAAGUGAAGAAUUUAAGGUGACUGAUAAUGCUAGGAACUCACUGGGUUCAACAUCCGAGAUCACUGAGGUCGAAGAAAAUGAGGGCAAAGUGAAUCAUAAUUUACUAAAACUGCAGUAUGGAAGAGGGGCAGUUAAGGAAAACCCACUAAAAUCUGCUGUGCAAUUAAUUGGUGAUGGUGUCUCCCAAGUUCAGUCCUUUGGAAACCAGGCAGUUACAAAUAUUGUGAGCUUCUUGAACAUUGAUCCAGAAGAACCACAUUCCAGUGAUCAUCCUGCAGAAGAUGACAUUUAUGAUAUGGUAGAAAGUCAGAGGGAAACACAUGAUGGCCAGUUGUUAAGAACACAUUCAGUUACCUCUGGAAAUGGCACAAAAUCGUCUGCAAACAUGCCGAUAGGUGUAAUCUUUCGGUAUAUAUGGUAUCAGAUGCGAAGUAAUUAUGAUUAUGUUUGCUAUUGCUGUUUCGUUCUGGUUUUCUUGUGGAAUUUUAGCUUGCUAUCCAUGGUUUACCUUGGAGCACUUUUCUUGUAUGCUCUUUGUGUGAACUAUGGGCCAAGUUACCUGUUUUGGGUCAUUGUUCUGAUCUACACUGAGCUGAACAUUCUCUCACAAUAUAUAUACCAGAUUGUCAUUCAGCACUGUGGUUUGAACAUACAUAUACCUCUUCUCCAGAGAUUAGGUUUUCCGGAUGAUAAAAUAAAGGCAUCAUUUGUUGUCAGCAUAUUGCCUCUCUUUCUGGUGUAUAUAUCUACCCUCUUGCAGAGUUCCAUAACGGCUAAAGAUGGUGAAUGGGUUCCUGUAACAGAGUUCAGCUUUCUAAGUGCAAGAAAUAAUGUAGAAGAGAAACAACGUAUGCCUUACAAUUGGAGAGAUAGGCUAAAAAAUAUUCACUUGCCUGUAAUGAAUCUUAUAAGGAUGAUUGGGAGAGGCAUAUCUAGAUAUUGGUUGUCACUAACACAAGGGGCAGAAUCUCCUCCAUAUUUUGUGCAAGUUACAAUGGAAGUAAACCAUUGGCCAGAAGAUGGAAUUCAACCAGAAAGAAUAGAGUCAGCAAUAAACAGGGUCCUUGCUAUAGCUCAUGAAGAAAGAUGUCAAGCCAACUCGCCUUCAUCUUGCCAUUCUUGUAGUCGGGUUCGGAUUCAAAGUAUUGAGCGAAGCAAAGAAAACUCUAGUAUGGCUCUUGCUGUCCUAGAAGUUGUCUAUGCUGCUCCCUUGGACUGCCAAUCAGCAGGAUGGUACAAAUCACUCACUCCAGCUGCUGAUGUAGAGAAGGAGAUUCAUGAAUCACAAAAGGCAGGACUUUUUGAAGAUGUAAAUUUUCCUUACCCAGUAGUCUCUGUGAUUGGCGGUGGUAAAAGGGAAAUUGAUCUUUAUGCAUAUUAUUUUGGUGCUGAUUUGGCAGUAUUCUUUCUUGUUGCCAUGUUCUAUCAAUCUGUUCUUAAAAACAAAAGUGAAUUUCUGGAAGUUUACCAGCUGGAGGAUCAGUUUCCCAAAGAGUUUGUUUUCAUCCUAAUGAUUCUCUUUUUCUUGAUUGUGGUUGAUCGCAUCAUAUAUCUGUGGUCAUUUGCCACAGGAAAAGUCAUUUUCUAUCUUUUCAACCUAGUGCUUUUCACAUACUCUGUCACUGAAUAUGCUUGGGGAAUGGAGCUAGUGCACAGAAAUGUUGGAGGAUUUGUUCUACGUGCAAUCUAUCUUACAAAGUCGAUUUCCUUGGCACUUCAAGCUUUACAGAUUAGAUAUGGUAUUCCCAACAAGAGUAACUUGUAUCGACAGUUUUUGACAAGCAAAGUUACACAAGUAAAUUAUUUUGGUUUCCGGCUUUACCGUGCUCUGCCCUUCUUGUAUGAGCUGCGGUGUGUGCUUGAUUGGUCAUGUACAACUACAUCAUUAACAAUGUAUGAUUGGCUUAAGUUGGAGGAUAUAUAUGCAAGCUUGUUCCUUGUGAAAUGCGAUGCAAUUUUAAACAGGGCAAAUCACCAACAAGGGGAGAAGCAAACGAAAAUGACAAAAUUCUGCAGCGGGAUAUGCCUAUUCUUUGUACUUAUCUGUGUUAUUUGGGCACCUAUGUUGAUAUACAGUAGUGGUAACCCAACAAAUAUUGCCAACCCUAUUAUUGAUGUAAGUGUUAAGAUUGAUAUAAAAGCUCUUGGUGGUAGGUUAACCUUUUUUAAAACCACCGUCUGUGAAAAGAUACCAUGGAAACACAUGAGGGCCUAUGAUGAUGUUGACCCUCUAGAUUAUUUGGGAGGAUAUAAUGUUGAGGACAUUCAACUUAUUUGUUGCCAACCGGAUGCAUCGACGAUGUGGUUGAUACCAGCUCCAGUGCAAACCAGAUUCAUUCAAUCCCUUGAGGAGACAGAAAUGAUUUUUGGAAACAUGGAGCUUAUUUUAAAUUGGGAUUUUCUCAGAGCUAGACCAAAAGGGAAGGAACUAGUGAAAUAUGAGUCACCUGUUGAUCGUAGUCCAAGUGUAGAUGAUGUUAAACGAGUGCUAAACGGGACUAUAAAUAGCUUCAGGAUAACUGAUGCUUACCCUAGAUACUUUCGGGUUACUGGAUCAGGUGAAGUGCGACGAUUAGAAGCAUCGAUAGAUUCAGUAAGUGGCGAACUGCUCUUGAAUAAUGGCACUCCUCCUUGGUGGUCAUUCUAUGAUACAAACCCAUCAGAUUUGGCUGGCUGUCAAGGCCUUAAUGGUCCCAUGGCCAUCGUUGUGUCUGAGGAAACACCUCAGGGUAUUAUUGGUGAAACACUGAGCAAAUUCAGCAUUUGGAGUUUGUACAUUACCUUUGUGUUAGCUGUUGCAAGAUUUAUUAGACUGCAAUGCUCAGAUCUGAGAAUGAGAAUACCUUAUGAGAAUCUUCCAUCUUGUGACAGGUUACUUGACAUCUGUGAAGGCAUUUAUGCAGCACGAGCAGAGGGUGAGUUAGAAGUGGAAGAAGUUCUAUAUUGGACAUUGGUAAAUAUAUACAGGUCACCUCAUAUGCUGCUUGAGUAUACCAAGCCAGACUAGUAUAUCACCAGUUUUGCUAAUGGCGUAGAAUCAAACUACUUGAUUAAAAGUAUUUUGAUGAAAAGACUAACUUGAUAGGUCUAUACUGAAUCCAACAGAAAUACCCCACUUGGGGGCUUGGGGCUGUCCCUUCACUUCUUUCGUCAUAGCUUUUAUACUUCAUGGAACAAGAUAAUGCAAAUAGGCGUUGUAUUUUACUUGGCUUUUUUUUUCUCUCUUGUUUCCUGCUAACAUGUACAUAAGAUUGAUGACGAGUUACUAAAGAUGUAUAUACUUCAAAGAUGCCUGCAGAUCCACCCAACAUACGGAAUAUGCUCCCAUUUAUUUGUUGAUACAUAUUUAGUUAUGUCCAUAUUUAUUGCAGAAUAUUAACGGCCUAUUUGAAAA